AUGGUCCUGUUUCAGAGGAACAUCUGUCUCAUAAACUCAUUUAAAAUUAACAAAGUUAGAAAGAAAAACAACUUGAUAUCGUAUCCUGCAUUUGUGUUUUGUUAUGGAAUAUGUUUUUUUUUGUGACUUUUUCAGACACAAACAUCUGAUGUUGCUAGUCGUCCUGAUCUGUUAUCGACUUGUGAGGCUGUUUGUAGUUUUUAUGUCUCCUGCCAGGUUUCGCUUUUGAACCGUUUUGAACGAGGAAGUACUCAAGCGUUACUUGGAUUGUACAGCACUAUAUUAAGGAUGGCCACCGCGCCGCAGUCACUUCAUAUGAGAUCGACUGAUCUCAUCAAAAAAGAGGCCCUGGACUACGGAGGAUUUGGAGAAGUUUACCUGUGCUACCAUGUAACCCUCGGUCAGGUGGUGUUGAAGACCAUGUAUACAGGCCCCAUCCGCACUGAGGAGAAUAAAAGGUCGCUGCUGGAGGAGGGAAACAUCAUGGCAAGCCUGAACCAUGAACGGGUGGUCAAGUUGCUGGGUGUGAUCAUGGAAGAUAGAGACUGCUCACUAGUUAUGGAACUCCUCCCCAGAGGCAACCUGUCGGUCAUGCUAGACACGGUCCCUGUGCCAAUAUCCAUCAAAGGCAGAAUCAUUUUAGAGAUUUUGGAAGGGAUGGUGUAUCUCACAGAAAGAAAUGUCAUACACAAGGACAUCAAGCCAGAAAACAUUUUAGUGGACAAGGAUUUUCACAUCAAGAUUGCAGACCUUGGCCUGGCCACCUGUCAAACAUGGAGCAAACUCACAAAGGAGGAGUCUCGCAGGAAGAGUUGUUUAGGUCGAUCAGCAGGGGUGAGAGGUGCCGGCACACUGAGCUACAUGGCCCCUGAGCACCUGGAGAGUAUACAUACACCCUCUACUGAGAAAUCUGACGUCUACAGCUUUGCAAUUGUGGUUUGGGUCAUCCUCACAAGGGAAGAGCCAUAUGCAAACGCAAGAAGUGAAGAACAAAUCAGCCAGUGUGUCCGAAACGGCGACCGACCUACAGAGGACCUUAUUCCACACGACACGCCUGAAGAGAUAAUUCAGCUCAUGAAGAGGUGCUGGGAUCACAACCCGCUGCAACGGCCAACAUUUAAAGAGGGCUACGACUUCUUCUUUCCUAUUUACAUGGCAACGCUUGAACCACACAUAGAGGAAGAUUUACUUGAUCUGAGGAAAUUAUAUGAAGGCCCAGAUGACCUUGUCGAGAAGAUGAAAUCUUUAUCAAUCUCCCAAGAUUUUUUUUCGGCAGAUUGCCCAGCUCCUUUGGUGAGUUCAGACAGAAGUGUACCUGUGCCAGUUGAAGCCAGUAUUGAGGACAUGCAUGACAUUCAAUAUGAGCCACAUGUGGAGUCUGUUCAGACAGACGCAAAGCCAGCCAGGCCCCCUUCAGCUUUGGAGGAGAAACUGGGUCGGGAGCUUCAGUACCACAAACAUGGUAGCUAUAACUGUGAGCCUGACGUUGCCAACAGCUACCAUCCCAAAAACUUAAAUCCUUUCCUGCAUAACCACUUCAGCCCUGCAGAUCACGCUAUCAGGCAACCAGAACAAGACAGGCCCUCUAAUGCAUCCUCUGUCCAUUCCUGGACAAAAGCUGAACCGGUGCAGCCCACCAGCCAGGAAGAGGCUUGGUAUCGCCCUACUGCUGGUCUCUAUGACUCCAUGAACUCUUCCACACCUACUCCAUCCCACUUGCUAAUGUCUUCCAGCAGCCCGUCUCUAUCACAAUUUAACCAGCAACAUCCACAUUCCCACUAUGACCGCCAGCAGUCCUGGCCAGCAUACCCAGUGUCUGAUACAUCUGCUCCUGACAUCAGUCCUGGGCGUCUCCUGACCCCUUCCAAGAACUGCUUAAAUCAAGAUCCAGGAUCUCUUUACAUUCAAAAUGCCAGCGGGAUCCAGAUUGGGAACAGCAACACGAUGAGCAUCAGAAGUUACGAUCCCUCCAACAGUUCUCUACUUUCUAACGCCUCAGCUAACUCUCCCAUCGAAGAAGCCAUUCUGAAAUAUGAGGACCAUGCUGUGACCGAGGAGCACCUUGAUCUGCUGAGCGACAACAUUGGAGGCAAAUGGAAGCGUUGCGCGCGGCGACUAGGUCUGACCAGUGUAGAAAUAGAGACCAUUGAACACGACUGUUUCCGGGAUGGCCUUCCAGAAAUGGUGCACCAGAUGCUGGAUCAAUGGAAAAUGAAGGAGGGAAGUGUCGGCUGCACAAUCGGGAAGCUUUGUCGUGCUCUGAAAGGCAACAUAAAGGUAGACGUCAUCCAGAAAAUAUUGGACGUCUGCGGUUCUUCAUCUUAGAUCUGAUAAAAGUUCUACCUCAUUCCCUCUUAAGUGACUUUCUGCCUAUGAUGGGGGAAAAAAUACUGUUUGCAGCAUUUAAAGGCUGCCUUUUAACCAAAACCAAA